AUGGCGUUUCGAAAAUGGAAAAAAAUUCUAGCCCUCUUCAUAAUAGGAUGGAUAGCGGUGUUGGCUUAUGCUGCCUGGACGGAUUUUGUAAGUCGUGGGACGGAAACGAAUCAAUUACAAAGGGCAAAGCGGGUACUAAACAAAUCACAGUUAUUCAUAGAUAAACUACAAACGGAAAUAAAGUUGUUGAGACACCAAGUGUCAAGCCUUCAGAAAAAAUGCAAGAAGAAAUGCCCGCUUGUAAAAUCCGUUACAGAAUUGAACGACGCUUUGACCGAACCAAUGAACCAUGAAAGAAGUGAAUCAAGGACUAUGAAAUUUUUCAACAGGCGAACAGAAUCGCGGGACAAAAGCAACCGGGCCAAAAAUACAUCGAUGCAUGAAUAUGAACUAGAAGCUCCUAGUUUGAAAGUAGAAAUAAUCCGGCGAAGAGCUUCGAAAGAACUUCGUGAAAUGUGGUAUUAUCUUAGCGCUGAAGUGACAAAAAUCAACAAACUUUUAGGAAACUCAUUGAAAGCGCGUCUUACCACAAUGUUAGAUAAUUUUGCCGAAAUUCACCGAGCAUUGAGUAACAACUUAGACAAAAUAAACAACCACGAAGCUUUGUCAACCUGGCGUAAACAAGAACAAGCGAAGCUCAGCAAACUAAUACAGAAUCGCCUGAGGCGCUUACAGAAUCCACAAGACUGCGACUCCGCAAGAAAAUUAAUAUGCGACUUAAACAAGGGCUGUGGUUAUGGCUGCCAAGUGCAUCAUUUGUUGUAUUGCUUCAUAACUGCAUACGGUACUAAACGAACGCUAAUUAUUAACUCGUAUGGUUGGAGAUAUUCGGAUAAGGGGUGGGACGGCGUGUUCUUACCAGCUAGCAACACAUGUACCGUUGCCAAAGGACCAACGACUGUGUGGUCCACAGACUCAGACAGAAGUAAGAAUGUUCAACUGCCAAUUGUAGAUGCAUUAUUCCCCCAGCCCAAACAUUUACCCUUGGCAGUACCAGAGGAUUUGGUAGAGCGGAUCCAGUCGUUCCAUGGGUUUCCUUUCGUAUGGUGGAUAGGACAGUUUUCCAAAUACUUGUUCCAAUACCAGCCUGAGAUGAAGAAAGAAAUGGAUGAAAAGAAAACCAAGUUAGGUUUUAAAACUCCCAUUGUUGGGUAAGUGGUUUCAGGUUUGUUGUAAAGCAUCUAACACUAGGGACUUCACACCAGAGGGCAACGACACACGGUAGAACCAAAUUUUCCUGGUAGAAUUUGGGGUCAUCCAUUUAGUACGAGAGAGGGAGCGUGAAAAUGACUUCAUUUCCAUUGCUCCUUACAUACAAGGGAGAGGGUACAAUCUCGUACUGAAUGGCCCCUGGAAGACGUUGCCCCGAGCUUAAGAAAAUUUCUCAAUUUUUUUCAGGGUUCAUGUGCGUCGGACUGAUAAAAUCAACGUUGAAGCUGCUUACCAUUCCAUUGAAGAAUACAUGUACUGGGUUGACCUGUAUUAUAAGAAACUUUCCCUGACACAGAAAGUUCACCAGAAGAGUGUCUACUUGGCUUCAGAUGAUGUCACUGUUUUAUCUGAAGCAAAGAAAAAGUAAGGCUUCUAGUUUAGUAAUAAUGACAAUUAGUUAGUUAUAAAUCUCAGAUGAUAGUCAUAUACGUAGACCGAAAAAUGGCUGACCAGUCAGGCGAUCGCUCAGCCAUAAACAGGUUGAUUUGAAAAAAUGAAUUAAUGAAAAGUCCAUUCGUUCGUCAGUUAGCCAGCCAACCAAGAAGCCAGUAUAGAAGGAGCGAGAAUGAUGAGCCCACAAACCAAACCACCGGCCUUUUUUUAACAUGCAGCUAAGUGUCAGAAAUGAAACGUUGGCGCUCAGAUGAAGUCAGAUAUGUCUGUAAAUGCAUGCCUCUUCCUACAAUGCUGUGAAAGAAAUUAUAUCAAAAAUUUUGAUGCAGUUAUUACCUUGUUGCAGAUAUCCUGGAUAUAACUUUGUGAGCGACAACGACAUCUCAAAAGUGGCUGGAGCUGUUCAACAACGUUACUCAGACGAAUCUCUUCAUGGAAUUAUUUUUGACAUUCAAAUGCUCUCUGAAUGCGACUACAUUGUCUGUACAUUCUCAUCACAGGUAGAGCUUUAAAACUAAACUAAACUAACUUUAUUCAUACUGAAUCAACCCCACUGUUCUAAACUGUUCUUCCUUCCCACUCGGGCGACAUUGCAAUAACCAGUAAAGUGAUAUGUAAUGAUAAAAUUAUGCUCAAUUUAGGUAUGCAGAGUUGCCUACGAAAUAAUGCAAGCCAAUUCACCUACCGAUGCCUCAGAGAAGAUCCAAUCCCUUGAUGACGUCUAUUAUUUUGGCGGCCAAUCAGUGAACGACGUUCAAGCAGUCUAUUCUUACAAAGCUAAGACAUACGGAGAAAUUGACAUGAAACCAGGAGACAGAUUGAAGAUUGCUGGCAACCAUUGGGAUGGCUACUCCAAAGCGACUUCUAGGGCGAACAGAAAAACUGGAAUGUUUCCAUCGUAUUUAGUUGAGAAAUAUGUUCAUGUUGUCGACUUUCCGGAUUAUUCAGACUUUGAUAAAGAACUGGAAUAA